GCGAACCAACAACGUUGUCUCGGCGGGACUGGCGAUUGCAACAUGGGCAUAGAUUCUAUUAUGAUAUCAUUAAAAUGAAAAGGAGAGAAUCAAUCCAUGCAGCUCCACUCACGCAAAUCGCAUAUGUUAAGCAGCAGACAGUAAAGGAUACGAGCUCACAAAUAACUACAAACUGCGUUGAGAAACUAUAAAAAAAGGAAAGAAGCAAAGAGGAGGCGAAACGAAGAGGAAAGCAAAGGCAAAAGCGUGUCAGGAAGAUGUCUCUGAUUAGAUAAAACGCAAAUUAAAUAUUCUUAUUGGAUUCGAGUACAUUUGUUGUAUGUGCAUAUGCUUAGUGAUGAAAUCUAGAUUAUUUUGGAUAAUUGCAAUUAUAUAUUCAUCGGUACAUCACAUAGGCUCCGGUUCUACAUCGACGACAUUGAAACGUCCACGAGCUGGAGACCCGUUUGAUACGUUUCCGAAAAACUUCUGGCAAGAGUUCUCGUCGCCCUUCACAGACACGCCCGAAGAUGAGGAGCUGGAGGUUACGGAGACGACAACACACGAGCCAUUCCCCUUCUUCGCCGAUCCGUAUACGACAAUUAAUAUAAGCACCCAGCUCUCCUCGAAUGUCUAUCUGCACUGUCGCGUCAACGAUCUGCAGGGCAAGACGGUGUCAUGGAUGCGGCGCAAGGGCGAGGACCUGACGCUGAUCACCUUUGGCCAGCACACCUACAGUGGCGAUUCGCGCUACUCGCUGGAGUUCGAGGAGCCUAACGAUUGGAAGCUAUUGAUACAGUAUGCCAACGAGCGGGACGAGGGGCCCUACGAGUGCCAAGUGUCCUCGCACCCACCGUUGGUGCUCCUCGUUUACCUAACUAUAAUUGUUCCUCAUGUGGAAAUUCUCGACGAGCGAGGAUCGGCCACGCCGGAGAAAUAUUACAAGGCUGGCAGCACCAUCGAGUUGCAGUGCGUCAUCUCAAGAAUACCGCAUCCAUCGUCCUACAUCACCUGGCGCCACGGACAGCGCUCGCUCAACUACGAUACCAGUCGAGGCGGCAUUAGCGUUAAGACAGACAUGCUGCCCGGCAGGGCCUUGAGUCGUCUUUAUAUAGCCAACGCGAAUCGCCAGGACACGGGCAACUACACCUGCUUGCUGGGCAAUGAGAUAACGGAAACUGUUGUAGUGCAUGUGCUUAACGGUGAGGAGCCAGCUGCCAUGCAACAUGCGAACGGGACUCGCUUCAUGUCCAGCCCCCUAACUAUGGUUGUGUUUUUUAUAGUAUUCGCUCUAGUCAAGCCCUUUCAGCGAUGACAACAUUCUGACUAGGCAGACAGAACAA